GCCCACCUCACCGCCGCGUCCGCCGCCCCCGCCUCCGGUGCCGCAGCGGCUCCCGGGCUUGGGCGCGCAGCCCGGGGCACCCCAGACUCUGGGCUCGGGCCUCUCCACCCGCUUCAAUUGGGGAGCCUUCUCCCUCGACUCCCAAAGUUUUUGGGUUCGUUGGAAUUUUGAGAUUCAGAUUUUUUCCACCUAGGAAUUUUUGGGGAAUACUUUUGACAAACCGAUCGCAUUUUCUCUCCGCUAGCUCUCUGUUCCCCUUCUUUUUUUUUUCUUUCCCGUGCAGGGGAAAGGGCUUACAAGAGAGAAGCUCCUGCUGGACAAAGUUUUCCAAAGUUUUCCAUGUGUGAUGGUUGCGGGGAGAGCAAAUCCAACAGCUUGACUCGGCGGCUUCAUCUCACUGCCCACUGAGCAGCCCCCAGGCCCGCUAUAAAAGAACAAACAAACAAACAAACAAAGUUACACCUCGAGUCGCCUUGUGUCUCCUCUCUCUUCUUUUAGGCGACCCCCCCUCGCUCUUACCUCGCAGCCUCUACCCCCCUGCCCUCGGCCCCUUCCUCUUUCUGCUUCGGCUGGAGGUGCCAGGACCCCCGGCUGCAGCCUCCCCUCCCCCGCCGCUCCGCUCCGGUCCAGCCCUCCCCUCCCCCGCCGCGGCCGGCACAGCCAAUCCCCCGAGCGGCCGCCAACAUGCUCUUUGAGGGCUUGGAGCUGGUGUCGGCGCUGGCCACCCUCGCCGCGUGCCUGGUGUCCGUGACGCUGCUGCUGGCCGUGUCGCAGCAGCUGUGGCAGCUGCGCUGGGCUGCUACCCGCGACAAGAGCUGCAAGCUGCCCAUCCCGAAGGGCUCCAUGGGCUUCCCGCUCAUCGGAGAGACCGGCCACUGGCUGCUACAGGGUUCCGGCUUCCAGUCAUCGAGGAGGGAGAAGUAUGGCAACGUGUUCAAAACACACUUGCUCGGGCGGCCGCUGAUCCGGGUGACCGGCGCGGAGAAUGUGCGCAAGAUCCUCAUGGGCGAGCACCACCUCGUGAGCACGGAGUGGCCGCGCAGUACGCGCAUGCUGCUGGGUCCCAACACGGUGGCCAACUCCAUCGGCGACAUCCACCGCAACAAGCGCAAGAUCUUCUCAAAGAUCUUCAGCCAUGAGGCCCUGGAGAGCUACCUGCCCAAGAUUCAGCUGGUGAUCCAGGACACACUCCGUGCCUGGAGCAGCCAGCCCGAGGCCAUCAAUGUGUACCAAGAGGCGCAGAAACUCACCUUCCGCAUGGCCAUCCGGGUGCUUCUGGGCUUCAGUAUCCCUGAGGAGGACCUUGGGCACCUCUUUGAGGUCUACCAGCAAUUUGUGGAGAAUGUUUUUUCCCUGCCUGUCGACUUGCCCUUCAGUGGCUACCGGCGGGGCAUUCAGGCACGGCAGACCCUGCAGAAGGGGCUGGAAAAGGCCAUCAGAGAGAAGCUGCAGUGCACGCAGGGCAAGGACUACUCGGAUGCGCUGGACAUCCUCAUCGAGAGCAGCAAGGAGCAUGGGAAGGAGAUGACCAUGCAGGAGCUGAAGGAUGGGACCCUGGAACUGAUAUUCGCGGCCUAUGCCACCACGGCCAGCGCCAGCACCUCGCUCAUCAUGCAGCUGCUGAAGCACCCAGCUGUGCUGGAGAAGCUGCGGGAGGAGCUGCGGACCCAGGGCAUCCUGCACAGUGGGGGGUGCCCCUGCGAGGGCACCCUGCGCCUGGACACGCUCAGCGGGCUGCGCUACCUGGACUGCGUUAUCAAGGAGGUCAUGCGCCUUUUUACACCCAUUUCUGGCGGCUACCGCACUGUGCUGCAGACCUUCGAGCUCGAUGGUUUCCAGAUCCCCAAAGGCUGGAGUGUCAUGUACAGCAUCCGGGAUACCCAUGACACGGCACCUGUGUUCAAAGACGUGAACGUGUUCGACCCUGACCGCUUCAGUCAGGCACGCAGCGAAGACAAAGAUGGCCGCUUCCAUUACCUCCCAUUCGGCGGGGGCGUCCGGACCUGCCUGGGCAAGCACCUGGCCAAGCUCUUCCUGAAAGUGCUGGCGGUGGAGCUGGCCAGCACCAGCCGCUUUGAGCUGGCCACCCGGACCUUCCCCCGCAUCACCUUGGUCCCUGUCCUGCACCCCGUGGAUGGCCUCAGUGUCAAGUUCUUCGGCCUGGACUCCAACCAGAACAAGAUUCUGCCAGAGACCGAGGCCAUGUUGAGCGCCACCGUGUAGUAGUGGCUCUUGGCCGCACGGCCAGCCUCAGUCAGCCCACAAGGGGAGUGGGGGCAGUGGAGGUAGAAACCUGUGUGUGGGAGGGGACUGAACCAGGUAGGGCCAGUGGCCCCCAUGCUCGCCCUACUCUGGUCUCCCUUCUUGGCAAACCCUACCCAACACCAAAAGGGCCCUGUCCCUUCCGGGGGUGGGACUCCCCUCCUGGCUCCUGCUCUCUCCAGCCUCUCCCCACUUCCCAGCAGCCUAGCUCUCGGGAAAGGCCUGGCCGGGCCCUGCAUGCCGUUCCAGUGUUAUGUGUCAGUGGGCUGUGCCUGAGUGUGUGCUCGUACCUUCCGACCCGGGCCCUUCCCUCCCUCGUCUCUUAGUUGGCAGUCAGGCGGUCCUGCUGGGGGAGGGAAGGAAGAGGCCCCCACAACCUUGGCACUUUCUUCAGCUCCCCGGCCCCUCCUGUCACUGCUCAGACAGUGCCCCUGGCGCUGUGGCUGCUGAAGAGCAGGGUCCUCGGUCACCCAUCGCUAGUCAGCCUGGCUGUGCAGCGGCUUCCGUGGCCCGGAGGGCACCCCUGUCCAGCCCCGCCAGUUUGGACAUUUGAAAUUACCUAUUGCUGCUACUUGUUCUCUCCUCUGAACGUGGGGCACAGGAGCCGCGGGCCUGUUCCCCAUCCUACUCCCUGGUGGCCCUGGGCAGGUGCACUGACAUCCCUACCUUUCCCCAAGAUGGGGCUCCACUGAGCCAGGCCUUUCCCUGCUCUCCAUACCCAGCCAAGGCCUUGGGCUCAUGGGAACCUGUGCCUCACUAACCUUGGCCCCACUGAGGUCUGGAACAACAUCUGCAUCCCCCUAGCUCUGUCUCAGCUGUUCCUCGGCAGGACAUCUGGGAGUGAAGAGGAAAGGGUCGCCGGUCAAACCCAGCCCCCUGGCCCCCUGGGCUGAGGGUUGAACAGCACUCCCCACCCCCAAGGGGAUCCACACAGAUUAUUUGAUUUAACCUCAGAGCCUCACUGCCCGACUACAGUCCAGUGUCUCUGCCUGUUGUUCCCUGCUGGAGAUGGGAGAAUGGCUCAUUUUCCCCUCCCUGCCCUGUCAAAAGCUCUGAUCGUGGGGAUUUUAGAGGCUGACACAAUUUCCAGCUUGGGGAAGGCCCCAGUGCCCCCUGCUCCACUAGUGAGUAUGGAGAAGGAUACGGGUUCUCUUCUGAUGGGGCUCUAGAGCCUCUGUCUUCCUUUCCUAACCUUGUUCUCUGCCCUUAGCCCUUGGAAAGGUGUCGUUGGAGUCCCUUCCACUUCUAUGCCACUAUCUGCUUGAGCCCAGUGCUGGGGUGUGGGGAGGAGCUGAAAACAAAGGGAAGGCGAGGUAGAGGCAGUCUUUCCCCAGCGCUGACUCAGGCCUGUGUGGUCUGGAGACUGCGGGGAAGGCUGCAGCAAGCCGAGGAGGAGGGUAGGUGAGGUUUGUCAGAGUGAUUUGGUGGCAGAAGGGCCAGUCGGGAUGACUGGUUAAAAGAGAAGUAGCUCCCGCCUCUGACGUUUUCAGAGUUGGCAGUUUGGGACACCUCCUGGGAAUGGUUUGGGGCUUUUGGUGAGUCUCUAAGCGAUUUUGUCUGUUUUCAGAUUUUUCUUUGCUUUCUGUGUUUCUCUGUUGGUUUUGGAUGUUGUAAUAGCAAUGAAUCCUUCUUUCAAGAAAACCCAAAACAGAAGAAUGCAGCAAACGCCUAUCCCCGGCGAGCGGUCUGAGGAGCUCAGUUCCUCCACCAUGGUGUCCAGGGGGUAACCCCCAGUAGUCUACAGGGCUACUUACAGGCUUUACAGACCCAGCCCCUGAGUGUCCUGUAACCCCCCACUCCCAAACACUUCAUUUGUUUCCUACUUUUCACUGCUAAACAACAAGUACGGAACAGGUGUUAUGGGCAAAAGUGUUUAGAAUUAAAAAAAAAAAAACCUGCAAAAAUCCCUCAGUUCCCUCUCCCAGUUCUGAAAGACAGGCCGGAAUGUGUAAAGACUCAUCGAAGCAUGCAGGACGGCUGUGUAGUACACCAGAGUCUGUUACCCACGGAAAGAGCCCAGUGCCCGGAAGGUUCAGUUUCCUCAAGUUGAUCCCAUCUGCCCCGAACCAGUUGUUACAGGCUAAUCACUGGGAGUGCAGCAAGUCAGGCCCUGGUGAGCAGCAGGGACUGGAAGGUUCUGGGGGCGGCCUGGGAGGGGGCGGAGAAGGAAAAAUGGAAGGGGAUCCCUGUGAAGGAGGAAGGAAGGAUCAUUUGCCCCGCUGGGUCUAAAGGAAAGAAGAAGAGGAGCGAUGACAGCUCUUAACCGGCCUGCAGGACUCCGCCUGGGCCAGGCCUGUGCCUCUCCUCUGUAGAUCUGUGUCGAGGUCUCUGUGUCGCUGUGUUUGUGUGUGUGUGUUCUCUAGCGUAGCAUUAGAGGAGUGAUGUGUUCUCACUUACCAUUCCUAACUAUUGUAACUUGUUAUUAAAAAAAAAAAAAAAAGACAAAACCCCACAAAAUUCCUGCCAUGGGCUUGCAGAAUGAAGCACUUUCAAUGUUGGGCGCUGAUGUUUAUGUUCUGGGCACCAACCUGACCCUGCCUGGAUCACUAUAAUAUUAUUUUAUACACAAACUUUUUUUCAUAAAUGUUAUAAUUUUGUGUCUGUCUUUAUAAACUAUUAUAAGUACUAUUUUUGUUAUAAUUCAAAAUAGAUAUUUAGUAUAAAGUUUUUGCUGUUAAAUAUUUGUUAUUUAGUAAAAUAUGAAUUUUUCUCUAUUGUAAACAUGGUCAAAAUAUUAAUAUGUUUUUAUCACAGUUGUUUUAAUAUUGAAAAAGCACUUGUGUGUUUUGUUUUAUAUGAAACUGGUGCCGUGUGAGUUGUUUUUGCUGUCAUGUGGUUUUAGUCUGUAUAUAAUAUUCCAUGUUACAUAUUAAAAAGAAAUGAAUGUUGUGCAUUUUGUGAUUUUGGAAAUACUCAAUGUGGCUCUUUUAUAGGCUUCCAUAAUAAACCGUGGGGACUCAC